AUUUGUUUUUCAUCAGGCAUUUCAGGCGAGAAAGUGGAGAUCGAUCCUGUCACCAAUCAAAAGGCCAGUACUAAGUUUUGGAUUCGACAGAAACCCAUCUCUAUCGACUCAGACCACCUCUGUGCCUGUGACCUCGUAGAGGAGAGAAGCCCUAGUCAUGCAAUAUUUAAGGUCACUUACCUAAGCAACCAUGACUACAAGCCUCUUUACUUUGAGUCUGAUGCUGCUACUGUCAAUGAAAUUGUGCUAAAGGUGAACUACAUCCUGGAGUCCCGGGCCAGCACCUCACGGGCUGAUUACUUUGCCCAGAAGCAGAGGAAACUGAGUCGCCGGACCAGCUUCAGUUUCCAGAAGGAGAAGAAAACUGGCCAGUAGACAGACUGAAGCUGCUCAGCCACCUGUCUGCCUGCCUGUCUCUCUCUUUCUGUCUGUCUGUCGGUCUGUCUUUAUCUGUACAGACAGAUGUGUAAAUGAGGCCUGGCAGUCUCACACAGACAGCAUCAUGCUAAACAGAAGUGGAGGCUGACUGGAAAGUCAAAGUCAGAGGAGGAUGAGAGAAAGAGAGUGACGAGCAGAAAAUGGACCUGAAAUCUCUGCUGAUGCAGAGAUCUAUGCAGUGAUCUCUGCAUCAGCCCAUUGAGAUGGACGCCUCUAAAAGUCCACGAACAAAGAGAGUCAUCGACCAACCUGUUCUUUGUCUAAAAGAAGGAAAAGACUUGUGGGACAGAGUUUUGGCUGCCAAGUCGCUGUCAGUUUUUUGUUCAUUCACUGCCUCUGAAUUUAUGCUCCAUCCUUCAGGAUGGAAAUGUACAGCUUCAACAAGUUGGUUAUGUAGAAGCCAACAAACAAAUCAAAGCUACAUGCUAAAUCUUUGCUUCAGUCCUCCAUCUUUAAGAGAUUUAACACGACAACAUGAAAGGAAAGCCUUCACAUUUUUAAUGUACUGUACAUAAACAUUUUACCUUCAGGAAAUGAAAUAAUGAUGAUGAAAUGGAAAUAAACUAGCCCAUUAUGAAUUUUUAAAAACAGAUCAUUGCCCCUCUGCCUUGAAUCCAGAUAGCAAAUCCUAAUCUGCACUCACAUGCCAGUUUAUGAGGUACACCUAGUUUAAACUACCUCACUCUAAUACAAACUCUGCCUUCAUGAAGGGAACGUCAACUAUGAACUGUUUUAGACAGAGGUGUCCACUCAACUUUGUCAGAUUGUAUUAGCUUUAACUUUAACUGCUUUAUUGAUGGGGGCUAGACAAAAUAAUAGAAACGCCUCUGUGUAACACAAUACAGCUAAAACAGCAGCAGAGGGAGGGAAGCGAGGAUUGGGUGCAAAGGCUUUUCUAAUAGACUGUGCUAGUUUGAGUGAGGUUUACCGAAUAAACUGGCAACUUAACACUGU